CUGGAGUAUCGGGGUGAUUACUCACUCCCUAGAAGGCGGCUAGGAUUAGACUGAGGUUGGAUGGAAGCAGGAAUCUGAUGAGGGAGGUAGAAAAGAGAAGGAAGGAAGGUGGAAUGCAAGAGAGAACAUCUGCAGGACAAGAGACCAGAAAGCUGGAUCAAUGAGGGAAAUAGCAGAGGGUAAGGAACAAGGGAACAAGGUGGGGAGUAGAAGGCUCCAUGAAAUAUAUGUAGAAGGCAGAGGCUGAAGACAGCACCAUACACCUGACUGCUGCUGGAACAUCUAGUUGCUUUUGAUCUUGCUAUAUAUGGAUGCUCAGUUCAUGAAGACUCCAUAGUGUGAGGCUCUCUUCCUACUCUUUCCCCCACUCAUACUUCCAAAGGGGAGAGCUUUACUGCACCAGAAGAGUGUGAAGAGAGGUGGACAUCUCUGUUUGGGUCUAGUUACUAACGCUCAUAAGACGUUUUGGAAUCAGACUGGCCCGAAAAGUGUCCAGAGAAACGACGGAUAAGCCUUUGCCUCUCCUCCCGGUGUGAUUUUCCCUACCCUACGCUGCAGAGAUGGAUCAAUUGUUGGAGGUCAAGAUCGGCUGCCUGGCAGGUCUGCUGGUGGUCACACUCAUUUGUGGCCUCAUCCCGGCGCAGGUUAGAUGGUUCCAGAGCAACAUGGCCAGAGGUGAGCAGUUGGUGGAAGGGAUUGGAGUGGGUAUGGCCUGAUCUUCAGAGGGGCUUGAUGCAAUUGACUAUUAGAACUUGUGCAGGAGUGCAAAUACUGUGCUGUGCAACACCAGGAAGUCUUGAGAUCUCAGCUUUGUUGUUAACUCUCUAGGUGGCCAUAUAUUGAGGUGGGUCCCUCUUUACCACUCUUGAUCUUUCUGGUGAAUCAAUGCUCACAUGUUCCUUUUACAGAUUAGCGUUCCUUCUACUUCCACACCCAGAAUAAGUAAACAGGGCUUAAGCAAGCUGAACAAGCAAAUUGGCUCUGUUAAAAAACACUACAUUUCAUUGGGCAAAAAAAGCUCUAUCCAUGGUGCUGGAACUGAAAGGGUGCUUUACACCUCCAGAUUAUUUUUUUGAUGCUGGUGGGCCUUGAACUCUUGAGCAUGCACUGAAUUCUGAGCAUGCAGGUGUUACUCUCCUUUAUUAGUAGUAUUAGUAUUGAUUAGUAUCCUGCCUCUAUGCAAGGUGGCUUACAUUAAGAUAUAUAUAUUAGAGACAUGGAUUGGCAGCCUCGUCUCUGUUUGACAAACUCUACAUCUGACAUAAUCCUUCCUAUUCCUCCCUGCAUCUCUUCUAGGGAAGCAUCGGCGCAUUCUCAGUUUCAUAGGCUGUUUUGCUGCCGGAGUGUUCCUUGGGGCCUGCAUUAUGCACAUGGUGGCCGACGCACUGGGAGACAUCCAGGAGGAACUCAAAAAGAGACGGCAGCAGGGAGCUUCUAUGCAUAAGCAGAACGGCACCUCUGAAGGUGAUGAUGAUUCUGAGAUGUACCCAUUUGGGGAGCUCGUCAUCUCAGCUGGCUUCUUCCUGGUGUUCCUCAUUGAGAGCGUGGUGCUCCAUUGUUGCCCCAAGGCUGUGCACUCCCACGGCGACCACAACACCGAAGAGGAUCACAAGGACCCGCCGGAAUCCCACAGCUCUUUCCGGGCGUUCGUGCUCUUCCUGUCGCUCUCCUUCCACUCGGUCUUUGAGGGCCUGGCCAUCGGCGUCCAAAAGCAGGAGACGGCCGCCAUUCAGCUUUGCCUGGCGGUGCUGAUCCACAAGGCCAUUGUGGUCUUCAGCCUGGCUCUGAAGUUGGUGCAGAGCGGCACGCCGGCCCGGUGGAGGUUGCUGUACUUGGUGGUGUUUGCUCUGAUGUCUCCCGCUGGCAUCGGCGUGGGCAUCGGUGUCUCCCUUUACAACAGUGACGGGACCAGCCUGGCUCAGGCUUUGUUGGAAGGGGUGGCUGCAGGGACCUUUCUCUACGUCACCUUCCUGGAGAUCCUCCCCUACGAGCUGCGCUCACACGAAAGCCCCCUGACCAAGUUCUUCUUCAUUGGACUGGGCUUCUCCAUCAUGGCCAUCAUUGCCAUUUGGGCAUGAAAGAGUGGCUCUUCUAUGUUCUCCAUGAAAGCCCAUCACAACGGCACUGAUAGACUCCUCUCUUUCCAGAACCUCCUCUUAUUAGCCAUGAGGGCCGUCACCUCGCGUGGUGCUAUAUAUACACAUAUGUACUAAAUGAAUGGAAAUAACCAGCAACCCACGUGGACAAAAAUGCAAGGUAUAUGAAGCAAUGGAGCUUGAGCGACAAAUACAUCAUUUCUAGCUUUGCUCCCUGAACUAUUGGAAACCCACAACCAUCAGCACAAUAUCCUAGCAGCAGUGAUAAUUAACGCAGCCAAGAGACCUAACACAAGCAAUGGCAUCGCUUCUUUCAAUCGUUGUGAAAGACUAAAUGUACAGUAUGUAGGGUCUACCUGCAAGGAACUCCGGAACAAGUAGGAUAUUGGCUAAGGGGUAAAUGGGACAUCUUAAAAGAGGUUGUUGGGUUUUGUGUAUGUGGAUGGAAAUAUACACUGAGUUGUUUUGUUUUGUUUUGUUUUGUUUUGUUACCCUUUUGUCUGUCUUUGGGGAAGGUAUGUGUGCAAAGGAUGUUCCUACAUGUGUGAGGAAGAGGAUGUGUGUGUGUGUGUGUGUGUGAGAGAGAGAGAGAGAGAGA